UUUUUCUGGCUACAGAGAAACAUCUGUAAAAUGAUUUAAUAAUUCAAUACUGCAUGUAGAAGGGUUUAAUCUGAACAGAUAACAAGAACUGCAAGAGAUGGGAAAAGUAAGCAGAGAGAAUCAAACUGCUGUUUCAGACUUCCACCUUCUAGGACUCUCUGUGCAACCAGAGCAGCAGCCUCUUCUAUUUGGCAUCUUCCUGGGCAUGUACCUGGUCACCAUAGUGGGGAAUCUGCUCAUCAUUCUGGCCAUCGGCUCUGACCCAUACCUCCAUACUCCCAUGUACUUCUUUCUGGCCAACCUAUCAUUAACUGACGCCUGUUUUGCUUCUGCCUCAAUCCCCAAAAUGCUGGCCAACAUUCAUACCCACAGUUGGAUCAUCUCUUAUUCUGAGUGCCUUGUACAGAUAUAUUUUCUCAUUAUGUUUGGUGGUCUUGACAACUUCCUUUUGGCUGUGAUGGCAUAUGACCGCUAUGUGGCCAUCUGCCAGCCACUCUAUUACAGCACAGCUAUGAGUCCCCAACUCUGUGCACUAAUGCUGGGCAUGAGCUUGGUGCUAACCAACCUUGCUGCCCUGGUGCAUACAUUGUUACUUACCCGGGUGACCUUCUGUUCCCAUAAGGCCAUCUACCACUUCUACUGUGAUCUGAGAGCUCUACUGAAGCUUGCCUGCUCAGAUACCCACAUUAACCAGCUGAUGAUCAUCACCAUAGGCCUGAUGUUCCUCGCCACUCCCCUCAUGCUGAUCAUCCUCUCUUAUGUCCACAUUUCCUGCGCUGUGUUUGGCAUCUCAUCCUCUGCAGGGCGGUGGAAAGCCUUCUCUACCUGUGGUUCUCACCUCACAGUGGUCCUGCUCUUCUAUGGGUCUCUUAUGGGUGUGUAUUUACUUCCUCCAUCAACUCACUCUGCAGACAGGGAAAUUAGGGCUGCCAUUCUCUACAUGAUGAUUAUUCCCAUGCUAAACCCAUUCAUCUAUAGUUUGAGGAACAGAGACAUGAAGAAGGCAUUGAGUAAACUUUUGGGCAGUAACAAAACCUUCUUACCACGCCAAUGAUAUUCGAUCUUGCAAUCCUGAUCAACCGCUACCCUCCAUCAUCCACCAGUCUCAGACUGAUUUUAAGAAAGGGUUAUCUGGAAAAUCUGAGUUAAAGGUAUAACAAAAAGGGUGUUUCUGCUCCUUUACUUGCCUGAGGGAUGAGGUGUUCUGACUCAGUCUCUUUCUUGAUGCCAGUGAAGCAACCAUGACUAAAGGCAGGAUACCAUUCCCUGUUCUUCACCUCUAAAUCUAUCUCAUUAACCAGAGUGAACUAAGAUGUAUUACACACCCUAGAGCCAAGUAAUUCUGCCCUUAGGGGUAUGGGACAAGAGGAUGGGAUGAAAAUACAAACAUUUAUUGAGCAUCUACAAUCCUUCUCAUUGUUCACAUCAGUACUUUGGAGGGAAAUUGCAGAAACUAUAGCUCAGAAUGCUGAAUAACUUCCUCAACUCAGUUAAGUUUGGCUCUAUAUCCAUCUUCUUUCUAUUUUACCACCUUGUGGAGAUCAUGACAAAUAUUGAUUGUUACACUAUGAGAUAAAGAAUUAAAAUGAUAUAAAUUUUAUGGUAUUUUCUUAAUAUUUCUUUAAAUUGAAAGCAUUUCUUUUUGUUAUUGUAAUAGAUGGGUAAAAAGGAGCCUAUAUUUGUUGUGUGCGUACUGUGUGAGAAUUUUGUACUAAAUAAACAAUUCAUUCUCUGGUUCUUUUAUGAAACAUUCCCUAAAAUGCAGAACGAUAAAUCAAGUGUGCUGGAAAUUUCCAGGCAAUAAUUUGAUGAAAAGUAGUCUAGUGGAAAUUGGUAUUCUAUGAAGUCAUAAAGAUGUAUAAGUGGUUAUCUUUUUGCAGUAAUUUCUUCCUUUAUAUCCAUUGUCUCAUUAUUCCCACCCCUUCUAUCCAAGAAAGAGAAAGGACAAGGGAGGAUAGCCAAGGAGAAGUGCAUGCAGAUGCAAUUGUCUUACUUUAAAAUCUUCCUUUGAAACAACAUUUAUUAUACAUACAUCAAAAGUUCACUGUCCUUUUUUAAAAACUUGGCCUUAGGAUGAAAUUGAUCUUGAAACUUUAGAAAGCUCUAUUUAGGUGCCUCUUUAUUUCUCCAGGGUGACUUGAUAAUCAUUGGAACAUUUUUUGUGCCAACCUCCAAAUUUGAUUUCCUGGUUCUAAAAAUAGCAAAUGGAUAGGAGAGUCCUGGGGAUAUUUCUGAGUCCAGAAAAUUUUAGGUGUAGGAAUAUAUGGGUAUACCUCAGCUAUUUCUCCUUUUCUCAUGUUCUCAACCACCUCUGCCCCUUAUAAAACUCAGAAAAUAAAGGGAAUGGUUGUUCAGGCAGAGGGAAUGAGUUGGAAAAGAAAAGUAUAUCUAUUCUAAGUAAGGACUCCACAAAUAAAAGUCACUGGUGCUUUACUUUUUUCAAGAAGUUAUAUGUGUUUCAUUUGACAUCUUAAAACCUAUAAUUAAACUUGAGUAC